GGCGGAGAGAAUGCGGAGUGACGAGCUGACGGCGCCCAUGGACGACACCGGCGGGCGGGACGGCCCGUUCCCCGGCCUGGCCCCGGCCCCUCCCGGCCGCCUGGGGGCGCAAUACUGCGAGGCCUGGGGCUACUUUCAUCUGGCCCCCGCGCGUCCGGGCCACGCCGCGGGCCAGUGGGCCACCUGCCGGCUGUGCGGGGAGCAGGUGAGCCGCGGCCCGGGCUUCCACGCGGGCACCCCGGCGCUGUGGAGGCACCUCAAGAGCGCGCACCGGCGGGAGCUGGAGAAGAGCUCCGCCCGCCGCUCGCCGCCCGCCGUCCCCUGCCCGGCGCAGCAGCCACCGCCGCCGCCCGGGCCCGCCGAGGGCGACUGGGCGCGCCUGCUGGAGCAGAUGGGCGCGCUGGCCGUGCGCUGCAGCCUGCGUGAGCGCGAGCUGGCGCGGCGCGAGGCUGCCGUGGAGCAGGGCGAGCGCGCCCUGGAGCGGAGGCGCAGGGCCCUUCAGGAGGAGGAGCGCGCGGCGGCCCAGGCGCGGCGGGAGCUGCAGGCCGAGAGGGAGGCGCUGCAGGCGCGGCUGCGGGAAGUGAGCCGCCGCGAAGGCGCCUUGGCCGCCGCCUCUGCCCCGCUGCAGACUCCGCUCAAAGAAGAGCCGGAGGGGGAGAGGGACGGCUUUAUAAUCACCAAGGUCCUCCUGUAGGCUGUGGUCGCUUUGCGACCCCAGUCCCUCCCAUGCCAGCGCUACUCCAAGUGUGGUCCGCGGACCGGCCUCACCUGGGACCUGAAUCUCAGGCCCGCCGACAUCUCCAAAUGUGGGCCCUUGAGAAGCGCUUCGGAGGCCGAACCAAAAAUCACUAACGCUCCGUGGCCCCCCCAGGAUGCCUGGGAGCACAAGCUCCAGUGGCCUCCUUUGCUGUUGGCCUUUAGGAGCCGGUUUUCUUCCCACCGCCUUUGGAAUGACAGCUCGAGCAACUUCGUGAGACUAGGUCACCCGGAGUCUCGUACGCGGUGACUUUGAAAGGACAGAAACUUCCUUGUGUACCAAAGACUAUCAUACUACGUGCCUGUACACCAGCCAGGGCAACCCAGGGUGGAGGGAGCUUGGAAAUGAGGAUAAAGCGUUUUAUCCAAGAAGAGUUUUACUCCUUUCCCAAUGAAUAAAUCUUUGGUAAUUGGUUUGCCCAGCACGAAGUUCUGAAAAGGGGGCCACUUAGCUUCCACAACGGCUCUUUACCCUGUCCUCUCUAGUGCCUCAUUGGCGCAGUCUGAGCGAACCCCUGUGUACUCCCCUCCCAGCUUGCAGACUAUACCAAGUGCACCCUGUCCCACCCCAGCUGUUUUCUUUCCGUUUCACACCCAGUGUCAGCUGUAGUGAGUUUCCCCACUUUCCCACCUCACACUCCCUUACUAGUAAAACAUGAUCUACUCCCUCGUUAGGAAGGGAACUUGGUUUCCCACAUCUCCACAAUCCUCGCUUCUGGGUCACAGUAGAAGGAAGGCAUUCCUCCCAUCUGAGGCCACCUCUGUCUCUUUUUCUGUUCCCAUCCAUUCCUCUUCCACCGUUACUGGACCUUUGCUCCAUUAUUGUUUCUCCUUUCUUCUGACUUAUUCCCUCCCUUCCCCAGACUACUCUUCCUCAACAACAGGCUGCCCCCACUGAACACUAUCCAAGGGGGGCCCAGUUAUCCCUGCUGCCUAUACUUCCUCCCAUACGUCAAUUCUUCACUAGUGAUCAGCUUCCCAUCCUACCCUGGACCCUUAAGAGCUGAAUAUGAUGAUUUAUUUUCAGCCUUUGUCUUGCUAGUACAAUGAACACCCACAUACACCCUCCACCUAGACUGAGCAAUUGUUAAUAUUCUGCCUUAUUUAAUUUUUUGGCCCUCUGCCCCAAACAUGCAUCACAUUUCAUCCAGAAGUAUUUCACCAUAUAUAUCUCCUAAUAGCGUCUAAAAUAAUUCUUAAUCAAAAUUCCCCAAUUGUCUCAGAAAUGUCUUAUCUUUUCUAAAACAAAACAAAACAAAACAAACCAGGGUCCAAUCAAGGUUCAUUCAUUACUUUUUGAUUAUAACUUUGUCUCUUUUAGUCUAGAACAGCUCCCUUAUUUUUUUUUCCAUGACAUUUUUGAGAGUCCCAGCCAUCUGUCUUAUAGAAUGUCCUUUAUUCUGGGUUUGUCUGAUUGUUUGCUUAAGCCAAUUUAUGCACUCAUUCUUGGCUCAUCUACCUCUGUGCCAGUGACUCCUGGCUAACUCCAGCCUCGAGUGUUCCUCCCAGUUCAGUCCCUCAUGUCCAACCCCUGCUGCAUGUCUCCCCCUCUACUUGUAUAUCCUGCCACUGCUGAGGAAAGGGCAAAUCUGUUCAGUUCCACAUUCCCACCCCUUAACCCAAGAACUAACAUUUACUGGGCUCUUAAAAUGUACAGGUACAUACUGCACACUGCAUUCAUUACGUCACUUCAUUCUCAUAGCAGCUCCCUGAGGAGGUAUUAAUACUAUGCCCAUUUACAGCUAAGGAAACAGAUAAAGAGGCGUUAAGUAGCUUCCACAAGAUCAUAGCUGGUAAGUAGCGUUGAGAUCCAAAUCCAGUCUCUACCUCCAGAUGCGCUGUUCCUGGCUGCUGUACUGUCUCCCUUGCUAGUCACUGAGCUGACACCAAGUUUCCUCCCUCUCAUUCCAGGUAAUAUGUCAGUGACAUUAACAUGCACUGAGCAUUCACCAUGUGCCAGAGCUGUGCUGAGCUUACAAUAACUGCCUACCAUGCAGUAACCCCAUGACAUAUGCCUAUUUUGCAGAGGAAGAGAGAGGCUCAGGGAGCUAAGUAAUGUUGAGGCAGAGUGGGAUUUGAACUCAUGUCACUGAAUCCUAGGUUCCUGUUUCUACAAAGUGCCACACCUGUCUUCCUUCUGAUGCCACCUGUCAACCUCAGGCCUCAUUUAUCAUUCAUCUAGGGUUCAUCUUCCCAUCCUUGUCUUCCCCAACUGUCCCCUUCCUAACACUCAACUUGACCAAAGGAACUGUUCUAAGCCAACACUGAUUGUAUCACAAUGCCUGCUCAAAGGCACCCCAAGAUCACCCAUCAUCAAUAAGCUUCGAUUUUGUAGCUUGUCAUUCAAGUGCCCCCACCCUGCUGCCAGUCUUAUCUGUCCCCUCUCCUACCUAUACUAUAUGCUCCAGCCCAACCGGACUCCUUGUUCCUCCUGACAUGUCCUCAUCUUGGCUCCUCUAUGCCUGUUUGCCUUCCCUCCACUUAAAAGGCCCCUUCAAUCUCUGAGUAUGAAGAAUUCCACCCAUUUUCAAAGACCAAGUUCAAACUCAACUGCUUGCAUGAAGUUUUCCUUGAUUACUCCUUAUUUAGAGAUGAUUUUUUACUUCUCUGGACUCCUUGGCAUUUUAUAAUCUCAUAACACUUCGAACAGGCCAUCUGGCAUAUGACUCUAUGGGUUCUCGUCUUCCCUCUCCUGCCAGACCUGCACCCUUGGGUUAGCCUUCUAUUCCCACAGUGCUUUGUAUAUAAUAGCUGCCCAAUAAAUAAAUUUGAGGCAUUGACCUCAGUGUUUUGAAGGUUUUACAAGUUAGUUUUCCCACAGUUACUAAUAUAAUUAUUCAUUUAUCUUUAAUUCUGAAUAGAAUUCAUAGCAGAAAAAAAUAGCUUAGAAGGAAAUAGCAGUAAUAAUUUAAGCUGUUUAGUCAAUAAAGAUUUAGUAAGUAUCCAUUAUUGCGCUGUUUGGUUUGAAUCCAAAUUAGUAUAUCACUACUAGUAUGUCAUUAUCAGGAAUGUUUUUCUUAAAAUGUUUUUCAUUACACAAGUAACACAAAUGCAUUGCCCCAAUCUAAGAAGAAAUCAGAACAUCCCCCAAAUUCCUGUCACCAAUAAAACUGCUACAAACAUUUUAAUGUAUUUUAUUCUUCUGUCUUUCACAAUCUUUACAUUAUCCUAAAAAUAGUAUGUUAUUUCCGUAAGUACUGAAAUAUAACUACUUCAUGUGGAUGUGUAACUUGGGCUAUAAGAGGAAUUUGAACUUUUUAGAAGAAAUCUUCUGCAAAUGUUACUCUUCUAUUUCACCAACUGUUAGAACUAUUAAUAUCAGCAAAGACUGACUUUCAGAAUCGCAAUUGCUUCCUCAAGAAAGAUAAAUAAUGGGAGCACCAAUAGCCUGUUUAGGGGACGGGGGAAUAGUUAGCCUGACUAGUAACUUAGUGCUGGCUGUGGGAGUUAAGCAAAGAGAUUUUACUUUCUGCUUUAUAUACUUCUGUACUGUUGUACUUUUUUUAUACCAAGCAUGAAUUACUUUCAUAAUCAAAAAUAAAAUUUACAUUCCUCA